AUGGCUCCGUUGUUCCAAGGUCAAAGAACCCCCACUCUCACUCCUCGGGGUUGUCACUCUCGCCCGGCGCCUUACCGAUCCCGUGCAUCUAUUAUCCACCCAGACUUGGGCCUUGCGGCCGACCUGAUUACACAAAUUGAGACCCAACCUCGUACCAACUCAACCCCCAUAACGCAAUCCCCAACAGGACGAGCGAACGACCCACCUCCCCUGAUGGAAUCCGAAGCCGACUCGGAUUCAGACGCCGAGGAAGACUUAUAUCCCAACACGACCACAUUUAUUGCCGGUUUGGACCUUGGGAGGAUAGCCAGGGGAGUGGCCUCAGAGCUAUCGUCGAUGCCGUUGGUCCGUCGCAAAGCGACCAUAUUUUCCACCCUGGCAAGCAUCCUCCAGCGCAUGGACCACCUAGAGAAUUCACCUCGCCUGGUGCAACCUGGCCCGACGCCCCCCCAUCUGGACCGGCCCCUCCCAUCCGUGCCUGACAACCCCGGGGCUGAGGGCACGUUCACGUUUGGUCGUCGCUUCAAGGCUAGUAUCACCAUCGACCCCACUUGA